CAAAUUCUCAGCUUGAAUUUCUUCUAUAAAACUACAUAGUGCCUCUGUAGAGCUCCAGAAUAAGAGGACAUUUUAGACAAAAGUGGUCUUCCAACUUUGAGGCAACAGUUCGGUGAGGACCCUCUGCUGUUUUAACAUGACAUUGCUCCCGUGCACAAAACCAGGUCCUUACAGACGUGGUUUUCCCACCUGCCCGCAAAACCUACAGAAGUAUCCGCUGUGGCACCACCACAGUACCAGAGCCGCUUCUUCUCCCAGGACGUGAGACUCCUAAACUCAACACUCCACCAUGAACAGUUUAUCUAUGUGACUUGCUUAUUAUUUAUGCAAUUUUUAAAAAAAUUUUUUUUACAGAAUUGUUAAGUGUGGUGUGUUCGUAUGUAUAGCUUAGGGAAUUACAACAGAAAAUGCCACUUGUCAAUCUUGUGUUGCAUAGUGACAAUUCAUCUUGAAUCUUGCUGGGGUUUGGUGUCCUCAUACUUUGGACCACGUGGUGUAAGGAGGAACUUACAUACAAGCUGUGGUACAAAUGUAAAUCGUACCAUCAUUUUCUCUGCAAUGUCUUGAAGUUGAAGUAUGAGGACGUACGAGUACUGUGCACCGAAACUCUUAACCAAGCACAGCGCUCAAGCAAAUGCACUUAGUGACUUUCCACCACUGUUCUGGGAAGGUGAGCACAGUUGUCAGAAUCCCCGCAUUAACAUGAUUUCCCACAUGAAUCUGUUUUUGUGUGAGUUUAAUGCGGUUAUAUAUCCAGUUCCUCGGAAAUUACACAGCAGCUAAUUGUGUCAGGGUUAUGUGAGAGAGCAAAGAGACGGAGCAGAGGAGAGCAAGCAAACACGCGGUCAUAAGACGAGCGGAGCAAAUAAGUUGCACAACUUGAAUCGAGAUAAAUUUGUAUCUGAUUUAUAUCUGAGUUCCCCUCCUUAUUUGAUGAGGACGCCGCUGAAUGGAGGCUCCUGUUCUCCGACCUAACACAGUUUCACCCUUGAUGAAUUCCAAAAGGGGCAGAGGGAAUUCAGCUGGAGGUGAGCCGGGUCCCAGCGAACACACGAGGCUCCUCGUCACAUGCCUCCAAUUUACAUUCAUUAGCACACAAUGUGGACUUAAGAGAGACGAAUGCUGCUUUCCUGUAUGUUCAGCAAAUGACCAGCGACUGCCACCCACUGAGGACGCUGUUCGAGGAUCACAACCACUUUCCACAUACUCGUUCCCUCGUCCUAAGCUGUUGUACUGAUCAGAGGUAAAGAGCUAUGAGCAACUAAAACCUGAUCUGAGUGCUGUACCGUACGCAGCUGGACUUGUUUCAGUUUCUUGAAGAUGUUUCCCCUCUCAUGCCUACCAUGCAGCAACUAGAUGACACCAUGACCUGGAUGACUGAGAACCUUCAUCUACACACAACAUUAUCACUGAUGAUUUACCAAUCAAAAGUGUCAAACACUUCCCAUCACAAGCUGCCAGACACCGGAAUAAAAUCUUGUCAAACAAACAAUGAUUAUUGUACAGCCGUCUUAAACAGAGAAAACAUCCAAUCUUCACAUCAUGAAGUGAUGAACAGGAGGCUGUUCUUAAAGGCACAGUUCACCCGAAGACAAAAACGGAGUCACUAGCUAGUUCCAUAGUUGGCAAAACAUCUCUGGAGCUUCAGAGCGAAUCAGUGUUCUAAUAUAAAUGAAACUCAUCUGCUGUAAUCCAAGUCUCAGAAGCUGCAAUUUCCCAAAUUGGUUUGAAAAGACCGUAUUCUGCUAAAUCUUUAGCUGCUAGGCUAAACUGUGCCGGACGGAGACCUUUUAUGUUGAAUUAAGACAUUUACAAGUCCACAGCUACAUGGGCUGUUGAGGAGAGACGCUGCAACACUGUUUUGCUGUGAAGCUUCAGAACUGUUUUGUGGACAAUGAAACUUCAUUGGGGGGGUGAUGACUGAAUUUUAAACUUUGGGUGAACUGUUACUUUAAAACAAUAACCCAUGAACAAGCACACACACACACACACACAAAACACAGGAAUGUACUAGCUAUAAUUAAAACCAUGAAGUUGAAAAGUCGCUCAGGCGGGAUCGAGAUGGGAAACAAAACAUUCCGACUAGAACAGGAGGGCUAAACCGUCUGUCCGUCAGAAGCUCUUUGCAGAUCCUGUCCAUCACAAGUUUUGGUGCAAACACAUCAUCCCUUCGUUUGAGCUGAGAUCAAGAUGCUCUGCGGACAGAGAGGUUCAGAAAAUACUUGUUUCACCAAUCUAUCGUUCUGAAGGACGAUUCUAUAUGAAAUCACAGUGGACAGCCUGAGACUGUGGAUGAGUGGAGGGCAGCAGAUCACGGGGGGAGCGGUCCACCCCCGGUGUCACACCGUGGGUGUGUGGGUGAGUGUGCUCGUGAGGGCCAUCCAGCUGUGAGAACAGAUCCGCCCAUUCAUCGAAAGCGCCCGGGGGUCGCGCAGCCUCUGCUUUUCAGACGGACCGGCGUGUCGUCCAAUGACAGCGCGGCAGAGCGUGACUCACCCCCUCCCGUUUCCAAUGGAAGCGCGGCGGAGAGGCGGGCCGCAGGAAGCACACUUGGUUGAAUGGCCAUUGAAGCCAGCAAUCAGCGGUAAAUAUGUUAUGAUGCCACGCUCCAAACAGACACCGAGCGGAUUGUCCGAGGCGGCGGGAGCGCACCUUGGCACCGGGUAGACGCUUGGCGACAACGCUGCCGCUGCACGGCCGCGGAUUGGCUGCGGGCGGACCGUAACUGCGGAUCGGAGCAGGAGUCGCUCUCCGGGGGAUUUGAGAGGGGUGAUGGACAGCUGUUGGACGUCGAUUCGGCGCAGAGGUUAGGGAUAAAUUGACCGUGCGGUAACACAAGGCUCAGCCAUGGACCAGGGAGCUGUGCCGUGCGGCUGCCCGAGGAGGAGGAGGAGGAGGAGCGGCUGACUUUUCUCCUCCGCUCCCAUCAGUGCAAGUGUGCGAGCAUCGUGAUGAUGCUUUCUGGACAAACGUGAGGCUCCCCCCCAUCACCACACACACACACACACACACACACACACACACACACACACACACCCUCCGCCCCCCCCGCCAUCCAGGCUGCGAUGUGUGCUCAAUACAGGUGCACCGGGGCUUGACGGGACCAGGACAAGACGCCAACAUGGGAUCCACCUUUUUCUUCCCCUCCAGCUCCGUCUGUUGUGUCCCCACACGGAUACAGGAAACACAGAUGUAACGGGCUCACGGCGUGAUUGAUGGUGCUGCGCUAUGCUCUCUGGGGACUCUCUGAGUUGUGUAAUGGUUUUAUUUCACGUACAGCGCGCGCUGCCGUGCACCCUCUCCAUGGACGGCAGUUAAUUGGGCCCAAUGAUGUAGAGCCAAAUCCACCUGGAUCUCAUGUUCCCUCCUCUCGCGGCGGAACUGGCUCCCCUGUGACUUUUGCUCAUGUCCAAUUGUUUUUAUUCCCGGAGCUUUUUACCACUUCAAUUCAAUUUGUUUGUUUUUUUUUUCCUUUUUUUUCUUUCUCUUUUUGUUUGUUUUAUGUUUUUAACAUUUAGAAUGAAUGUUUGCUUCUAAAAGUGGGAGGUCAACCCGCGGACUGAUCGUGCUUGUUAAGAUUUAAAGCCCUCCAACUAUGAGAAAUUCAACUUAGGACAGGCUUCUCUGGACUUACAAUCGUUUCCUUCGCUGAUCAAAACUUUUCCCGCAGAGACACAUCUCUGUUGCGUCCCUCUCGCCACCAUGUCCAGAUCGAAUAGUGUCAGCCCACCCGGAGUCGGUGCGCCCGGGUUGAGGGGAGGGACCGAGCACAGAUCAGCUUGGGGCGAGUCUGAGUCUGUGGCCAACGGGUGCCCGUACUCAGCCAGAUCCCCGCGCAAGAAGCUCAGCCGGACAAACAGUCGGUGGAGGGAGGAGGAUGAUCAGGAGCACCGGCAGACCGGGCGAGCCUCCACGACCGUCAGCAGAGUCAGCUUCAGGUCCAGGUCGGCUUGGCAGGACCAUGGCGAGGAGAGCAACAAGCGCGCGUCCCCGAAGCGUCCAGACGGCGAGGUGAGACCCAAGUCAGUGGAGCUGGGUCUGGAGGAGCGGAGAGCCAAGCUGAAGUCCGACGAGGAGGAGGUCAUGCCCGAAGCGAACUUUUCGUUCGUGGCGUGCUGCAUCAGCGUCAUGCACAUUUUCAAAUCCAAGAAAUUCCAGUCGGAGAAGUUGGAGCGGCUCUACCAGCGCUACUUUUUCCGUCUCAACCAGAGCAGCCUGACUAUGCUCAUGGCGGUGCUGGUGCUGGUCUUCACGGUCAUGCUGGGCUUCCACUGCUCCGGCGGGACGGCGAGGCCGAGCGUCACGUACGUGGUGGUGUUCUCCGUGGCCAUCUUCCUCACACUCAUCCUCAUGGUGGUCUGCAACAGGAACGGCUUCCACCAGGACCACAUGUGGAUUGUGUGCUACGUGGUCAUCCUGGUGGUGCUGGUGAUCCAGGUGAUCGGGGUGCUGCUCGUGCAGCCCAGAAGUGCCUCGGCGGGGAUCUGGUGGACCGUGUUCUUCAUCCAUGUCAUCUACACGCUGCUGCCCGUCAGGAUGCGCGCCGCGGUCAUCACUGGAGUUAUUCUCUCUGCCAUCCACGUGGCUGUUUCUUGGGUGUUGAACGGGGUGGACAGCUUUCUGUGGAAACAGAUAGUGUCCAACGUGCUGAUCUUCUCCUGCACCAACAUUGUGGGAGUGUGCACCCAUUACCCUGCUGAGGGCUCCCAGAGGCAGGCCUUCCAGGAGACCAGGGAAUGCAUCCAGGCUCGCCUGCACUCCCAGAGGGAAAACCAGCAGCAGGAACGUCUCCUGCUCUCAGUGCUUCCCCGCCACGUUGCCAUGGAGAUGAAAGCUGACAUCAAUGCCAAGCGGGAGGACAUGAUGUUUCACAAGAUCUACAUCCAGAAGCACGACAACGUCAGCAUCUUAUUUGCAGACAUCGAGGGUUUCACCAGUCUGGCAUCCCAGUGCACAGCGCAGGAGUUGGUGAUGACUCUGAAUGAACUCUUCGCCCGCUUUGACAAGCUGGCGGCGGAGAACCACUGUCUGCGGAUCAAGAUCCUGGGAGACUGCUACUACUGCGUGUCUGGGCUGCCGGAGGCGAGGGCCGACCACGCCCACUGCUGCGUGGAGAUGGGGCUGGACAUGAUAGAGGCCAUUUCGCUGGUACGGGAGGUGACUGGAGUGAAUGUGAACAUGCGAGUGGGCAUCCACAGCGGCAGGGUGCACUGUGGGGUGCUGGGACUCAGGAAGUGGCAGUUUGACGUCUGGUCCAAUGAUGUCACGCUAGCCAAUCAGAUGGAGGCCGGGGGCCAAGCUGGGCGUAUCCACAUCACCAAGGCCACUCUGAAUUAUCUGAAUGGGGACUAUGAUGUGGAGGCGGGAGCAGGGGGGGAAAGGAACGCCUACCUGAAGAAGCACAACAUAGAAACCUACCUCAUUGUGGGCUGCAGUCAGAAAAGGAAAGAGGAGAAGGCCAUGAUAGCCAAGAUGAACCGGCAGAGGACCAAUUCUGUGACCCACAACAGCGGCCACUGGACUGACCGUCCGUUCUACAACCAUAUGGGCGGCAACCAGAUCUCCAAGGAGAUGAAGAGGAUGGGAUUUGAAGACCCCAAAGACAAGCAUUUCAUUUUCAGAAACACGCAGGAGAACCUAAACCCAGAGGACGAGGUGGAUGAGUUCCUGGGCCGGGCCAUCGACGCGCGCAGCAUCGACCGCCUGCGCUCCGAGCACGUCAAGAAGUUCCUGCUCACCUUCAGAGAGCCUGACCUGGAGAAAAAGUACUCCAAACAGGUGGACUCCAGGUUCGGAGCUUACGUGGCCUGCGCCUCCCUCGUCUUUCUCUUCAUCUGCUUCAUCCAGAUUGUCAUUGUGCCUGCCUCCAGUCUGAUGAUGGGCUUCUUCGUCACCUGUCUCAUUAUCCUGAUGGCUGUCAUGUUCAUCUCAACUGUGUACUGCUGUUUCGGGCUCUUCCCGGUCCCCCUGCAGACUCUUUCUAAAAGGAUAGUCCAGUCCAGACUGAACAGCACCCUGGUGGGCAUCUUCACCAUCAUCAUCGUCUUUCUUUCUGCUUUCAUCAAUAUUUUCACCUGCAGUAACCAUGAUCUGCGGAGCUGCAUCAAGAUGGAGCUCAACAUCAGUCGGGACAGCGUGACCAUCUGCGACGCCUGCCGCCUCAACUACAGCCUGGACACACAGGACAACCCCUGUGGAGAAGACGACGCCCUCAUCUGCAGCUUCCCUGAGUACUUCUCGUCCUGCGUGCUGCUGAGCCUGCUGGCCUGCUCCGUCUUCCUGCAGAUCAGCAGCAUCGGUAAACUCUUCCUCAUGCUCUUCAUCGAGCUCAUCUACCUCCUCAUCCUGGAGGUGCCCAAAGUCAGCCUCUUUGACAACCAGGACCUGCUGGUGAUGGCCAACGCCAUCAACGUUUUCGAGCACAUGAAUGGAACAAGCUGUGAAGUAGACUCCAAGGUUCCUCUGAAGAUCAUGACCCCGGUGGUCAUCACCGUCUUCGUUCUCGCACUCUACCUUCACGCCCAGCAGGUGGAGUCCACAGCGAGGCUCGACUUCCUCUGGAAGCUGCAGGCCACAGAGGAGAAGGAGGAGAUGGAGGAGCUGCAGGCCUACAACCGCCGUCUGCUCCACAACAUCCUGCCCAAAGACGUGGCCGCCCACUUCCUGCAGCGCGAGCGGCGCAACGACGAGCUCUACUACCAGUCGUGCGAGUGCGUGGCCGUCAUGUUCGCCUCCAUCAGCAACUUCUCAGAGUUCUACGUGGAGCUGGAAGGCAACAACGAGGGGGUGGAGUGCCUGCGACUGCUCAACGAGAUGAUCGCAGACUUCGAUGAGAUCAUCAGUGAGGACCAGUUCCGUCAGCUGGAGAAGAUCAAGACCAUUGGCUCCACCUACAUGGCGGCCUCCGGCCUGAAUGACUCCACGUAUGACAAGGUCGGGCGCUCGCACAUCCGCGCCCUGGCAGACUACGCCAUGAGGCUGAUGGACCAAAUGAAAUACAUCAACGAGCACUCCUUCAACAACUUCAAGAUGAAAAUAGGUCUUAACAUUGGCCCUGUGGUUGCCGGGGUGAUCGGGGCCAGGAAGCCUCAGUACGACAUCUGGGGGAACACAGUGAACGUGGCGAGUCGUAUGGACAGCACAGGUGUACCGGAGAGGAUCCAGGUGACCGCAGACCUGCACCAGGUCCUGAGCUCCUAUAACUACACACUAGAAUACAGAGGUGUGGUCACGGUCAAGGGCAAAGGAGAGAUGAUGACCUAUUUCCUCACAAGUGGACCAUCGAGCAGUUAACCCCAACUAAGUGACAAAUAGACACACUGGGGCAGGCGCCUUAACACUGACUCUGACAUAACGAGCAGGCUCAUGGACCUCUGAUACCAUCUGGCGGACUGAGACUGACUGAAGCAUCCCCUGUUGCACGCAAUGGGAAAAAAGGAUGAGAACCUUCUAAAGCUCAGGCAGCGGAUAAGACUGAGUGGGAGAGGCCUACCUUGCCUGAAUCUGCAAUUGAGACCAAAGAUGUCCAAUCAGAGCAUAAAGACAGAUGUUGCCAGCUGCGCAAGUCAUGGUCCCAAGGCAGAAAUGUUCCUGGAGAAAUGUUGUUUGCUUCAAGCCGCCAGAUUUUACGAUUCAGACAAACCUGCAGGAGGACGAGAACUACGUCACUUCCUGUCUUUUUCUCUGCCUUUCUCCUGCUGAAGCAUACAUGUACAUGUAAAACACGGACAGUUUUAUGUGUAUGUAUAUGAUUUUAUGUACUGUAUGUAACACAUUUUGUCUGUAAUGUCGUGAUAGAGGUACAACUCAGCCAGCACCACAGCACUAUCCGUCCAUGUAUCAAUAUCUGAUCACGUCAGUAAUUAACAGAUCGCUGGAGGAGUCGCAGGAAUUUGUGUCUUACACAUGAAGGUGAAGGGGUCCCUCCGAAAAACGGUAGGACGGUUGUUCACAUGAAUGGACAGAAAAAAAACGCUCCACAGUGUUUACAGAAAGCUUCUCAUCAGACGAUUAAAUUCACGAGCUCACACUACAGUAUCGUCAGCAUAUAAGGACACACACGAAACACAAAGAGGAUGUCAACGAAGAGCUUUUUCUAAUCUCUUUUUGUAUUUUGACUUCAGAACACCAAACCCUAUCAAAUAUUUUAAGAUUCUAUAUUUUGUACAUUAAUAUAUUAGAGAGCUAUCUAUAAACACCAAUGUGUAUUCAGAUGUACAUACUAUAUCACUCGCUGGUGUUGCCUGGUCUUUGCUGAGCCCCAUCAGACCGAUGCCACUGAACGCCCGUCUUUUCUUGCUCUUUUCACCGAAUUGAGCAUCCGUAAUCUGCAGGAAGUCAACUGUUUGCUGAUUAGAUGUCUUUUUUUUUUUCUUCUGAUGUUUCCCUUUGCUAGUGUGUCUGGAUCUUACUUUGAGGCGAGAGUGUUAAAACCUGGCGAGUACGCUCUUUGAAUGACAGACUAGAGUACAGGAACGGAUCAGUCUUUUUGCACUCCAGUGCUUUCAGCCAUCCACCCCUUCCUGCAAUCGCUCCACAUCCCCCUGUUGCUUGCUCAAUCAGAUGGUACGACCCAAUGAAUGUCCAAUGAUCUCCGAUGAGGCCUUUAAUAUGAACUCUACACUGACGAUGGUGACGAUUCUCAUCCUGUGGACGGGGACAGACGAGCCCAUGUGGAAAUGUGCCCUUUUAUCUGCUGGUUUUUUUUUUGUUUGUUUGUUUUUUUUCUUGACAGAGCAGUUUUCUUCAGUAUUAAAGCAUUUCGAAGCAUGUCAUCCCACAAACUAUCUGUAACCUGGCAGUUUCAUUGACUUUAGUGAUUUAUUUUUCAGUGGUGUUAUUAACAAACAUUACAGCUGGUUCUGUUUGUGUUGGCAGAGUCACAGAGUCACAGCUAUCAGUAAAUGUCUGGGCAGUGUCGAGUUUCCGCCUGAGAAUAUUGACGCAUUUAGCUCAUUUGAGAUGGAAUGCUUAAAGGAUGUUUUUGUUGCCAACAAAUCUUAUUAAAAAAGACCAACUUCAUCAA